AUGGCGACCAGAUUCCCGGUGACGAAUGGCACGAUCACGCUGAUCCCUCCUCCCGAUGGCUAUGUGGUGGAUUUCGAUCACCCGCAAAGGCAGAGCGUGUUGGAACACUACCUGGUAUUCGGGAUCCUGGGUCCACUCGCUCUCAUAUGCUUGAUCCAGAGGCUAUACACAAAGUUUGCGUUUUCGGAUGGACCGAAGAUCGAUGACGGGUCCUGCGCCAUGGGAGGCUUGGGUCAUCAUACCUGGGAAAUGUCCAUCGAUCGGUGGUCAAAACAAGCUCUUGUCAGCUACAUCGUUGCCCCCGUCUUCAUCUGCGCCAACGGCUCUACGAAAGCCUCCCUCUUCUUCGCAUACCUCAAGAUCUCCCCGCUGCCCUGGUAUCGCCGAUGUAUAACCACCGGCAUCGUCAUGGUCUCUUGCUACACGAUGGUCAUCGCCUCGAUGCUCCUAUUCGGAACAUGGCCAAUCCGCGCAAACUGGGAUCCAUACGUUGCCAAUCCCCACCGACCCCUGAAUAGCGCCAUGUUGUACAUGGCGAUUGCGACUUCGAACAUUGUGUCGGAUGUCGUUCUCUUUCUGAUACCGAUCCCGAUGGUACUGCGCCUGCAGAUGCAGCGCGUCGUCAAGGUCGACGCGAUUUUGAUGUUUGGGGUGGGAAUUUUAACUGUGACAACAUCCGUCGUCCGCAUGGUUUACCUCCAGCCCCUGCUCAAGACGAAUGACACCAGUUGGGUUGCUGCACCUGCCAAUGUUUGGUCUUUCGUCGAAGUGAAUCUCUUCAUCAUCUGUGGCUCCAUGCCCACGUUGCGCAGGUUCUUCAGAGCAAUUGCGCCAAAGCUGAUGGGGUCUUCCUCAGAGCACUCGCGUAUCAAACAUGCCGGGGCGUCGAACAUCUCUCGUGGCCAGCGGAGCGAGUAUUCGCAGUUUGACACUCACACGCACUUCGACGUCGAGAUGAACAGCAUGUCCAGCAAGCAAGUCAUCUUGGAGGAGGAUAAGAGGCUGAUGAGCCAAGCAAGUUGUGAAGCGAGGCCAGAACAACGAUAG